CUCUUAUUUCCGGCGGGGGAAUUGCCGGGCCCGCCCCUGCACAACACUGUAUGAUAAGUUGCAAAACUAGAAACGGGAAAGGAUGCAUUGGUCGACUUUACCAGCUUUCCGAGGAGCUUAGUCGUGUCGCUAAGUUGCCGGUAGGUUCGCAUGUUUGCCGGCGACAUUGGGAUACGUUACGAAGAAGCAACUUGCGCUGCUCAUGUCCCAUGCACGAUAAACAACUGCCCUCACGUCUGAACAAGCAACCUAUUCCAAGUCGUUUUUAUCCGGUAUUUGACGAGAUUGGGCUAACAGUGGCAGGAUACCAGCCUGGUACUCGGUGGUGUUACCGGUGCAAGUUGCUCGCCUAUAAGAAAUUUGAAAGCCGUCCUCAAACAAGUAGAAAACCAGUCGAGGAAAAAGCAAAUAGUAGUACAUCCGCCAUCGGCACAGAACAACAACUACAAAAGAUAUUUCAGUUUACGGGAUCCCCUAUUCUACACCUCCAUGAAAUUUUGCAAGAUAUAUCUAUGUCAGCACCUACCAUAUCCCAACUGGAUCAAACAAAGGAACAAUUUUGAAGGCUGUUUUCAAGACUUAAAGCUCUAGCAGACAUAUGUGAUAUUCAUCUCCUGGAAACAUGGAAAGAGCUGCAAACUCCCCUAGGUACCAUCAAAAUUGCCCCAAAUGGCAACGUGUUAAUGGAUAGUCAAGUAUGGGACCAAAUAAAGACAACAAUCAAAAAAAUUGACGAAUUGGAUGAAGGUAAUUCACUGGGCCAACUAGUGCAACAAUUUCAGAUGGCUCUAUACCAUCAUGCCCUCAGUAGUGAAGCUCCAUUAUAUGAGCCAGCAGCAAUGAAAGCAUUCACACAAAAACACUCUCCAGGUCUGUUUGAAAUGCUUUUAAGUUAAAAAACAAGGGAGGACUCCAGACUCUCAGAAUAACAUCAAGCUGUACAGGAGCAAAGAACUGUUGUUCUCCUUCACACACUGGCAUAUUUCAGGUCUCAGAAAACUUCCACCCUACAAAAGGAUGAAGGGCUAUUCCUACAACAUCAUGGUGCUUCUAGGACAGCAAUAAAUUCAGGAAGGAUACUUCAUUUCAGUACAAGUCCUAGAAAUAUUGAUUCUCACAAGAAAACACUAAUAACAAAAUAUCCAGACAUACUGAUGAGAAAGGUUAUCCUGGCAACAGAGAAAGGAUUCCUAAUUGUACAACUGUUGGAUGACUUCCAUAAUAUUUUGACUGUUAGACUACCAACAAAUCUGAAGCUAUCAUUAGCUACGCACAUGGCUAGUGGCCUACUGGACAUCCAUCCUUCAAUUCCUGCUGUUCCUAUCCCUACAAGAGAUACAAGACACAGCCGAGUGAUUGUGAAGAUAGGGAAUGAAAAUAAAAUUUGCAGAGGAGGAAUUGUUCUAGACUACAUAAAAGAGUUGUUUCGAAGACCAGUGUUAUCAAGAAUGUACUUGGAAACAAAUCACCAAUGCAUUUCAUCAAAAUACAUCCAACAACAACUAAAGGAAUUGAGGGUCUAUUCUGGGUUGUCGCACGAUGAGCUCUGUACCCUUGAGUCUACUAAUUUAAUAGAUGAGUUUGAGCAAUCUUUGAAAAGUAUGGAGGACUAUAAAUCAGCCAUUGAUCACAUAUUCCUGUGCUGUCCACAACUGGAACAUUACUUGAAAAAAUUUGUAGUACCAGCACCCGGGGACUGGCCAACUUGGUUUUAUCAAAAGAAACUCAUUGCUCAAGAAGUCAAUGCAGAUGCCAGUUUCCUAUCAGUCAUCCCAGAGCAGGGCCCAUUUCAUGUUUUCCUGAAUCUACAAGAAGAUGUUGUAACAAUUUAUGACUUCUUAUUUAAGAAAGUUUACAAAGAGACAUUUGGAUCUGACUUACCCAACAAGCCAAAGCCUUUUCGCGUCAGCCUGGUAAUAACUGCUGUUUUUCUGGCAUGGGGCAAAUUACGUGAUAAAGUUCUCCUAAAAUUCAAGCUCUGCAAGUACAUAGAGUAUGCUUCCAUUCUGUUUCUUUUAGAUGAGGUGGUUCCCAUAUCAUUCUUCCACUAUCCUGUUACAUUCAGGUCUGGAGACAUGGAAUCAUAUAUAACAAUGAUGUUAAAGUUAUCUCUACUGUUUAUAAUCUGGAAAAAGGCAUCAUUAUGACAGAUCAACACUCUUGAUGCUUAGUGACUUUUCUUUUCACAAACAACAUUUUUCACAGUACCAUGAACUUAAAAAGAAAUGGAUGGCUCUAAUAACAGAAAAGUUGAAAUCUGGCAUAGUGUGCUACGCAGCUUCAUUUCAAAUUAUGACAGUGCUAGUCAAAUUAGGGACAAAGCCCUGUCAUUUGCUGCAUCAAAGACAGAACAGCUCUUUCAUAACUAUUUUACAACACCAUACAGUAGAGGUUAUUCUGAAAAUGACCUAAGUUUGGUGACUGGUACAGCUGCUGAUGCAUUACUGAAAAUCAUCAAGCAAGUUGGUCAAAAUCUGGUAAAAGCAAAGCAGGUUCCACAAGAAACAAAUGCAAGAGGGCAGCCUAAAGGAGACAUGAAAUUUUUUCUUCCUACCUUUGACACCACCAUUACUUCAAAAGCAAUGCCCCUUGGCUACUCAUUUGUAAAAGAAGACCCUUCCACAAUGCCUGAUCCUAAAUUAAUCUGUGACUACAAAAACUGCACGCAAUUAUCAACAACCAAUGUCAAUCGCCUUAACUGUUUUUGUUACCUUAUAAUUUGUGAAAACUCGAGUAACAUUAAAAAUAAACCGAAAAUAAACCACACAGGAACAAACAUGGCGGUCAACACGUUUUCUUCUUCUUCUACCCACACUGCAUUAUGGGUAAUACAAUAUUUUUCUAUGGGGGGGUGGGCAAGUGCUUAAUUCCAAGGGUAACACACUUCCCCCCUGAAAAGAUGUCGUCCUCGACAUUUAAGUUACUAGUAUGUUUCAAUACUACAAUG